UGAUGAACAGAUCAAUCAAACCUCUGAUUUUUUAGAUCGAUAACGGAGACUAAUGCUACUCAGCAUCUUCGAUCCUCAACUAAUGGCUAUCAAUGAUCCUAAAUAGAGAGAGGAGGAGGAAGUCGCUGCUGUUGAUGACGAAGACACCGUUGCCUUCUAUUUUCACCCUAAUAGACGCUCUCAGGUCUUAGCAUCUUCGAUCCUCAACUAUAAUGGCUAUCAAUGAUCUCGUACACAGAGAGGAGCAGGAACUAGGGGGUCAACUGAUGAGUAGCUAGACGAUUCAUCAUGUUCCAGAUUUUAUUCAUCAUUUCAACUGGACAAAGAUCCAGACUUGCAUCAUCUUCAGUCGGCAACGCCACCAAUGACCCACCCCCGGCGCAUCCGGUGCUCACAGACAAUCCUUCCUAUUUCUAUUAUUCCAUCCAUGAGCUUCAAGAAGAAGAAUAAUCAUGCUCAUGGAGUACAACCUAGGGAUCAUGGGAGCACCGAAUUCUUUGAUCCAUUAAGGGGGCAAUCAACAGAAACCUUGGAGCCAGUUGAAAAUACGGCAGUUGUAGAAAAACUUCCUGCUACCCAACCAACCUCUCAUCUCUCUUCAAAGAAAGAGUUGACAUCCUUUAAUAAGCUACUAAUGAAGAGAUUUCAUGUCCAAAAAAUGAUUUCAGUUUCUUCGUCAGAUGAAUUGAAUGAUUCUCAAAAGUUGAAGGAAGGAGGAUUCAAGAUUGUUAGCCAGCAGGCGUACAUUAAACGGAUGCAUGGACUUAAAGAUGAGAUCAUGCGUUCUUGGCAUUCUGAGGAUCGUGUAACAACCUUAAAGUUAUCAAUUAAGGUUGCUAGGCUUCUGAUGGACACAUCUGUGGCACAAUUUUAUCCUACAAUAUUUGUUCUUGGUGUUGAUAUAAUGGACAUGCUUGGUGAUAUGGUAUGGGAUCGAAUUAAACAGAAAGUCGAGUUUGCAGAUGAUGGAACCAAAAUAUGCUCUUUAUCAGAUGACUUUGAUGCAAAUAGUAUAUGCUUUGAAGCCAAAGAGGAAGGAUCAACAAAGGAGUACUGAAAUUUUCAUAUUUGACAUUGUUGAUUUUGGUCAAGCCUAUGAAAACAAAGGUUAAAACAUACAUGUUAAGUCUCUAAUGGUGAGUUACCUUUUAAGUUACUAUGAUUUAAAUAAUCUUUGGAUAUAAGAUGACGUAUUUCAGUUGUUAUUUGCUUUACAGUUGUUGAUUUGGAGGUUUUAAGUAGGAAUAGACUUUAAUUUUUGAAAGAUUUGAGUAAUUGCCUAUCUGUCCUCCUCAACACAUACUGCUAUGUCAAUUUUAUGUUGCAAAAGAACUCAAUUCCAUGGCAUCUCGACCAUGAGGUUGUCAUAUAUAAAGUCCUUUUUGUUUAUUGUGUUGUCAUUUACUAGUAAGAAGUCAUUGUCAUUUACUGUUAAGACGGUGCUCUAUUUUUCUUUUCAUAGGUCCAAUGAUAAUAGUUUUUCCUGAUAUUUAUGUUUUUUUAGGAAAUUUUCAUGACCCAGUUUUGUGAACUGGCAUCUGGAUUUAUGAGAAUCUUUUUUGAUUGUAAAUGAAUGAGUCUUUUUUCUAUUAUUACUAGAUUGAUUUUGGAUGGUAACUAUUUAUUAAAUAUUAAUUUGUCUUUUUUUUUUCUUAAAAGUUUGUGAAAAGAAAAAGCCUUGUUCUGCAUAGAACCAUAUAUGUUUUUUUAAGUCAAAGAGAACUAGAAUGUUAAAGUUUAAUGUUUCAUUUUUUUUCA